AGUUUCAUUUCUACAAUGUUCAUCUACAGACUUGUAUUUAUUGCGCCUCUGAUUUUGUUAUUGUUCAGCUUGGCCAAGGCUCGCCACCCCUUUGAUAUAUUUCAUUGGAAUUGGCAAGACUUUCAGGAGUGUCUACAAGUUAAUAAUAUUACCAUAGGAGAAUAUGAGAAAUACGCGCGACACGAAACUUUGGAUUACCUGCUCAACGAGAAAGUCGACUUGAGGUACAAGUGCAAUAUUAAAUGUCAGCUGGAAAGGGAUUCAACGAAAUGGUUGAAUGCUCAAGGCAGAAUGGAUUUGGAUUUGAUGAAUACGACCGAUAAGGCAUCCAAAUCCAUUACCAAGUGCAUGGAGAAGGCUCCCGAAGAACUUUGUGCGUACAGUUUUAGACUGGUGAUGUGUGCAUUUAAGGCUGGCCAUCCCGUAAUUGAUUCGGAAUAAAUGUCAAUAAUUUAAAUAUAUGGAAACAAUCAAAGUACUACAAUUUCCACACAUAACUCACAUAAGUUUUACUAUUUCAAACGAGUGAUUUGUAGAGAUUGUAGAUCUAGUAUGUACUUAACACCAGUCAAAUAGGCGUGCCACGUAAUUUUUAUUAGAGCUUAUUCGAAACGAGUAAUUAAUUUUAAGUGUAACAAAAAGUUGUCGCAUAAAUCAAAUGAUCUUAAAUUAUGGGUACAUAAAACCGAGGGAAAAUAUAGACGCUUAGCUUAUGACCCUACCAAUGAUUGAUUUACAAUCUCAUGAAAUUAAAAAUACUCAGGCACUAUUCUGAAUAACAGGUCUAUCAACUCAAUGGCAAUUGUGUUAAAUAAGUGGAAAA